AUGAAUUUCAGUCGUACGUGGAUAUUAAUCUUUGCAAUUAAGCUCUGUCACUGCGAGAAAACGAAUCCGAUCGCCAAGUACGAAGAUUUUAGAUUCUCGUUCGUGCUGAUGAUUUGCGACUUCAACAGCGAUCGCUGGAGGAAGGAGAACGACGUGCACAAACUGAUACGCGACUACUCGAACCACUCAAUCAUGGCGCAGGCCGUCGGCUACGAGGAGUUGGAGGCCACCCGCGAGAUCGUCGACAAGCUCAACACUCGACUGCUCAUGAUAUUCGAGAUCGACGAGCAGCGGCUGUUUCAGCGCGGUAAUUACAGCGACGACUGGUCGGUCUUCCUCGAGAGCCAUCGGAACUUCGUGCUCGACGAUAUCGUUCGCAUCAGCGUCUGGGACUCGAGAAACGGCACCGUCCUCGAGGAUUACUUCGAGCGAUCUCUGCGGGACGAUAGAAGCAAGGUGGUGAACGUGGCGAGGAUGAACUUCGACUUCCGCAGCGAGAACUUUUACUACUUCUUCGAGAACUUCAGUGGCUUGAUCCAGGAGCUCAGCACCUAUCGAUACAACACCGUCGUCGAGUACGACACGCGCAAGUACAACACCAACUGGAGCGACCUCAUCAAGGAUCUCAGCAAGCAGCGCAUGAACAUGGCCCUCACCCCGAUCACCAUGUCGAUGUCGCGCAUCAAUCAGAUCGACUUCUCGCUGCCGAUAAUCGUCACUCAGGCGGCCUUCUACAUGCAGACCGUCGACAGCACCGUCAUCCACUGGAGCUCGUACUUUCGCGUCUUCAGCCGGCCCGUCUGGCUCGUCAAUGCCGCCAUGGUCGUGCUCGUCUCCUGUCUGCUGAUGAUCACGAAGAAGCGACACCAUCGCGACUGGCACUGGUCCGAUCUCUGGUCCUACAACUUCGUCAACAUCGUGGGCAUCUACGCGCAGCAGGGCCUGGCUGAGAGACCGCGAAAUCCGUCCUCGAGGCUGCUCUAUCUGACGGUGCUCUGGCUCGCCAUGAACGUUCACAUGCUGUACUCGAGCGUGCUCAUGAGCUUCAUCACGGUGCCCGAGACUGGUCUGCCCUUCUCGUCCUACCUCGAGCUCAAGGACGAUCGAUUGUUCAAGAUCAUCGUGCUGAACGGUAGUCGGCAGGAGGCCCGAUUUCACGAGUCCGGCAGUCUUCUCCAUCAAUUCGAGUUCAAGCUCAACAAGACUCAGCCUCUGGAGAUUCUCGACGCAUUUCUCCGGACCUGCAAUCGCAAUCAGACGGUGGCUUUCUACACCCUCGACACCUACUACAACGCGCUGAGCAGCAAGAUCCCAUGCGUCCUGAAGCCGCUCUACUUGCCCAUCAAGGAGUACAUGUCGAUCGGCUUGUCCAAGAACGAGCCCUACCGAGAGGAAUUGGACAAUCUCAUCAUAACGCUGUCGAGCAAUGGUUUUCUCGCCAGGCUGCGGGCCAAGUACUUCUUUCUGUUCAAAGAUAUACAUUUCGCGAAGGUGAACAGAAUCACCAUAAACAGCGUCAUGCCUAUUUUGACGAUCUACGUGAAUGGAGUUAUGCUGUCUUUGAUUAUACUGACUGUCGAAAUUAUCGUAUGGAGAAAGAGAACGGUGUCGAGUACCUCGGAUUUUCAAAAGGCUGUAGCAUGGAAAAAGUGA